CCUUGAUCGUGAAACGAUCUUCAUUUUAGUUGUGAUUGUUUGUUUGUUUUAAUUAGUGACCCUACAGCUUUAAUUAAGUGAGAAUCAUGUUAAAAGUGUUACUUCCGCUUUCGUUGUACAGUUAUCUGGUUCAUGGAGCAUGCAGAGUUUAUCUUCAGGGCAACGUGACACAAGACAAAGCACCUCUUCUACUGAAAUCGAGCAAAGGCUCCCAAUACGAGCUUCUUGAACCGAAUGGGGCUUACUUUCAAUGGCGUGCUGGUGAAAAGGCAGUCAUUGGAUGUGCCAAUGCUAAGAACCAACUUGAGGAAUCGAAUGAUCAUUUCCAUAGCAUUUCGUGCGUUCGGGAUCAGGAGUUUAAAUUCAACGGUUUGCGCUAUCUGUUCAACCAGAUAAACUGCUCAUCAGACGUUCUAGCUUCAAUUGUGGCCCAAAAUAGACCCUGCGCUGGUGGUUUAGGACAAAUGUAUGACAUUGGGUUCGAAGUUUUGGGUAUUCCUCUGGUAAAGUUGUUCACAUCAUGCUACAAUAUUGCGAAGUCUUCAGUUAUUUAUACCGAGCAUCAGAUAUUGGGACGAUCGAUUGAGGUUGCUCAAAUAAACAACGUUCGGCCAUCGUUCAAAGUAGGAGGUCUCAAAACGAGGGUGCGACUUUCGUCAGUUUACACACAAAAUGCACAGCGAGCUCGACUUUCGGAACUGCUGGGAUCCGAGGAGGAAGCCAACAAAUAUAUUUCCUCGUCUUCGUUCUUUGCCAAAGGUCAUCUCACGCCAGAUGGCGAUGGAGUUCUUGACAAUUGGGCUGCAGCCACCUAUUUCUAUAUCAACGCAGCCCCGGAAUGGCAGGUCAUCAACGUUGGCAACUGGAUCCGCGUGGAGAACGCAGCCCGAAAAGUGGCAGCCAACCUCAACGAUACGGUUUCGAUUUAUACCGGCGUGUAUGACAUACUAACCCUGCCAGACCGAAGAGGCCAUCCGGUUCCGAUAACGCUGGCCGACGAUUCCCAGGUGGAAGCACCCAAGUGGUUCUGGAAGGUGGUUCACCAUGCUGCUUCCGAUUCGGCAAUCGCACUGGUGACUCUUAACAAUCCUUUCGCCAGCCGCGGGGAGCAUCUGUGCACCGAUGUCUGCAGCCGGCAUGGAUGGGCCCACAAGGAGUUCCAGGACAUACGAAAAGGAUACACCUACUGCUGCACGGUGCAGCAACUCCGGGAAGUAAUCAAAUUCAUCCCCUCCAAGGCAGAAGCUGCCAACAUUCUUCGAUUUAAUUAAAUUGUUCCUUCCGAGUCGCUUUGGCUCUGUCGGAGGAACUGAAACCAUUCAGAUGGUAUUUGUCUAGAGGUGCAAAUUUUCGCAUUGCAAAUUCGGAUCCCACUUUGACAUUGCGAUUCGAGAUUCCAUAAACAGGUGUGGUGCAGAAAAGUUUGAGCGGCAAAUUAUCAUACAAGAAGCAGAUAUUACUCAAAAAGCGCAAAUAAAAUUCCAUGAAUAUGCAUUGUAUGAAUACCUACC